AUGGCAGCACUGCAACACAAGCCUGAAGAAGGCUCGCUUGGUAGCGACCAAACAAAUCCUCCUAUUCCGGAAGCUGCGCAAGAUCAUAAUCCUCUGGCGGUACGAUUUGCGUCCAAGAACCAGGAGAUUGAGCCUGCGCAGACCGUCGAGAGCGUCGAAGCUGCCCCUCCUCAAAACAACUUACGACCCGAAGAUGAGGAGAAAUUGAAGGAACUGGCGAGCGCUUUUCAGAAUCCAAGAUUACAGGAACGUCGUAUGAGUGCUUUUGCUUUCGAGCCAGUAUCUCUUCCCGCAUCAAGGGUUCCAUCCAACGACGAAGGGUCACGCGAAGCCAGUCGUGCCAAUACACAAAACUCUUCAGUGAGACCUUCACCCCACCAAAGUCCUCGACAAGCUUCAAUGCAUUCACCACCUAUUACUCCUGCGGCAACGAUUUCGAGGGAUGCCGGAGCUGCAAAGGGAGCACCUCUCGAGAGAUUAGAACCCGUAGAAGAUCCAUCCGCAGUAACACCACAAAUCUCGCCCGGGACCUCCGGAAACUCUCCAACUACAACAAAUGCAGACGAUUCUCGGCCAGGAUCAUCGGGAAUAGCGACGCAGCCAACGAGUCGAUCAACUGAAUCUGGUAUUCAGCCAAAUAACCGCGGGGCUGCUUUCACGAUCGGACCAGGAAAUACACGGUCAGUCCCAGUAUCAAGAGAGCAAAGUCCGAGCCGUAGCUCGUUCACUAGACCUUUCACACCAGUUGGAGAUGCAAACGACCCGUACGCCGCCCACAAGAGGCCUCCACAGUCAAGAAAUCUUGAUUCUAUCGAUCCACGAUUUAAAUUCACGGCAUUGGGAUCUAAAGCGCGACUGAAGGAGAGUAGCUCAUCCGCGUCAUUGCCUCGAUCCUCGCGAAGUGCUGCUGAUACCAAAACUGGAGACAGACGAUCUCUCUUUGGUGGAAACAAGGAGUACCUAACCCACGGGCAUGAUGAGAGCUCAGCCACUAUUCAUACCAAACACGGAGGUUCGAUGUCGGAGUUGAAGCGAUUCCUAAAGAUAGGAGGUCAUCACAAGUCUAAGCAGCGGCCAGCUUCACCAGUUCCAUCUGUGAAAUCAGGCACGAAAACACCUCCUCAUCACCGAGGAGCACAACAACUUCCAUUUGAUGACAAUCAUGGCCUUACCUCGAAGUACGGGAAAUUCGGAAAGAUCCUAGGAGCUGGUGCGGGAGGAUCUGUGCGAUUAAUGAAGAGAAGUAGUGACGGUGUGACAUUUGCCGUAAAGGAAUUCAGAGCAAGACAUUCAUACGAGUCCGAGAAAGAGUACGCAAAGAAGGUUACUGCGGAAUUUUGUGUCGGAUCCGCUUUACACCAUGGUAACAUCAUCGAAUCAAUGGACAUUGUACAAGAAAAAGGUAAAUGGUACGAGGUUAUGGAAUAUGCGCCAUAUGACCUGUUCGCGAUUGUGAUGACGGGCAAAAUGUCGCGGGAGGAGAUUAGUUGCGCAUUUUUACAGAUAUUGAGUGGAGUGACAUACAUGCACAGCAUGGGCUUGGCACAUCGAGACUUAAAGCUCGAUAAUGUUGUGGUAAACGAGUUCGGCAUUAUGAAAAUCAUCGAUUUUGGGAGUGCCAGCGUCUUCCAGUAUCCGUUCGAGAACGGGGUUGUUUUGGCAUCUGGAAUUGUCGGAUCUGACCCAUAUCUUGCUCCUGAGGUGUACGAUGAGAGGAAGUACGACCCACGGCCUGCCGAUAUCUGGUCUCUUGCUAUCAUUUUCUGCUGCAUGUCUCUGAGGAGGUUUCCUUGGAAAAUGCCACGCAUGACAGAUAAUUCAUACAAGCUCUUUGCUUCACCUCCUUCUCCCGGUACUGAUAUGAAGCGACUAUCCGAAACACCAAUUCCAUCGAAAUCUACAAAUGACCUAAGUACCCCGGCCAGAGAUGCAGUACCAGACUCGACCUCCACAUCAGAAGUCGUUGCAACUGGCGCCGGCGCAACACCAGCGCCGGAGAAGAAACCAGAAGUCAUCAAAGGCCCAUGGAGACUACUUCGUCUGCUUCCAAGGGAGAGCAGGCAUAUAAUGUCGCGUAUGCUCGAAAUUGAUCCAAAGAAGAGAGCUACAAUGGACGAGAUCCUUAAUGAUCCAUGGGUGUCAGGGACUAUUAUAUGUUACCAGGACACAGAUGGGAAAGUCGUUCCAGCUGCAGGUCAUACACAUACACUUGAGCCUCCAGCAGCCCCGGCACCUGCGAAAUAG